CAACUUUCCCAGUGUCGUCUUCGUAAAACUAACGCCUUCUUCCUCGAUAGAGACGAAGUCAAAGAACACUAAAAACUAAUCGAAUUUGUCCAGGAAUUCGGGUCUGAUAAUGGAGGGUUGGGAUCCGAAUACGAAGUCAACGCUCACGCAGAUCCCGCUGCUGACGACGAAGGCCGGCCCCCGUGACGGCGGCGCCUGGACGCAGCGGCUGAAGGAGGAGUACAAGGCUUUGAUCGCCUACACGUCGAUGAACAAGUCCAAGGAUAACGACUGGUUCCGGAUCUCCGCUGCCAAUCCGGAGGGCACUCGCUGGACCGGCAAGUGCUGGUACAUUCAUAACCUCCUCAAGUAUGAAUUCGAUCUCCAGUUCGAUAUCCCCGUCACUUAUCCCGCCACCGCCCCCGAGCUCGAGUUGCCCCAGCUCGAUGGCAAGACCGAGAAGAUGUAUAGAGGAGGAAAGAUUUGCUUGACAGUGCAUUUCAAACCAUUGUGGGCGAAAAAUUGCCCGAGAUUUGGCAUAGCGCACGCACUCUGUUUGGGUCUGGCACCAUGGCUCGCGGCAGAAAUUCCAGUUCUGGUUGAUUCUGGCAUGAUUAAGCACAAGGAUGAUGUAGCCACAUCAAGCGAAUCUUGAAAUUUCUGUUCUUCGUUGCAGAGACUGAUAAUGUUUCCAUCAGCUCUUCUUUUUCUUUUUUUCCCUUUUUUUUUUUUGGAUUAUAGUGUAUGUGGAAGAAGCUAAACUGAUAAUUGAGAUCUAACACUGGAGUUUCCAGGGUUUAUUUCAGUCUCACUGUUUACACCCCCAAAUUUAGUUGCUAUGAAAGACUAUUGAGCUUAAAGUUUUUAUCUGACUUUCAAU